GUUCUAUCUCAAUACUUUUUGUGUUACGCCGAACUCUGGCGCAAGCUGUCAAGAUGAGUGCUUCUUUUGAUAUUCAACCUAUUGGCAGAUUUGCUGGUCAAAGUGCUCCUGUUAAACGUCCAAGGGUAAGAGAAAUCUAGAUGUUUCCUUGUUUGCAUCUGAAUGAGAGGAUCAGCAUACUUUGGGCUCUUCCAUCUAUAUCAUGCUGGAAUUUUGUAGAUUCGAUACUUCAAUAUUUCAUUUGACCUCUUCCCUUCAAUAUUAACAAGCGCUUCGUCAUUUUCAAAACAAACCAUCCCCUGUUCAAAAUAUUGCUCCCCAGGCUUGAUUCAGCUCACAAUAUGUAUAGGAAAUAGCUUGCUUCUCCUAUGAUGAGAAACACCAAUUCCGACUUGACGAUUCGUCAAUCAAAUACUAUUAUCCCCCAACCUUAGGCGCUGAUCUAAAAAAGGGCUUCGAUACCUUUGAGAAGCUUGAUGACACAGCAGACGAUCACCUUGACAGCUUAUUGAGGACCAUCAUGGCCCACGAAGAGAAGACCGGGAAACCAGUUGAGGCAGAUUUCAUAACUUGGCGUGGAAUGAUGACGAAAUUCUUGGCUGCGAUAUUUUCUGAUAGAGAUAGCUUCGAGAUGAAUGCUACUCUUUUCCAAGUGAGCGUUCCUUUGUCGAUACAUAUGGAGUUAGGCUGACAGAAUAAGAAUACUAUGUAGGCAGAUGAGUUGUUCAUGAGAUCAAAAUUUCACUGAUACGAGUAGCUUUGUGGAGGAGAACCAUGAAUAUAAAGUUCAGUCGCAAAGGAGACAAUCGCAGCAACCGACUCGACCUGGUCAGCAGUCCCAGGAUAUGAUGAGCUUUUGGGGUAAGCUUGAUUUCUCUUAAUGAUAGCAUAUGUUGACUUUCCAGGAUAUAAAUUCGAGACUCUGUGUCUUCUCCCACAGACUUGGGCGGAAACUGAGAGAGACUAUAUCGAGAACAGAGAGAAUGAAGUCGUUUCUAAUCAUGCACAAUACUGUUCAGUAGUAAGUACUGACCUACCUUCUUGAUACUUAUAGCAUUUGCUAAGAAGCUUUGCAGGUCAGGACCGGUAUUGGAAAUAACACCAUGGUUCUGGGGGGAGAAGUUGAUGCAAUUUGGGACAGUAAACCAGAGGAUGAGAAUACUCCCAUCAAUUGGGUAGAGCUCAAGACGAGUGCCGACAUACGGAAUGAGCGAGAUAUGGUCACGUUUGAGAGGAAACUGAUGAAGUUCUGGAUCCAAUCAUUUCUUCUAGGUGUUCCCAAGAUCAUCGUUGGAUUCCGAACUCCUGAUGGUAUCCUGAAAAGAACCGAAGAAAUCAAUACGGCGUCGAUACCAAACACAGUCAAACGGGCCGGAAAAGGAACGUGGGAUGGGAAUAUGUGUAUCAACUUUGCAUCGGGACUAUUGGAUUGUAUGCUCAUUCCCACAGUGUAGAUGAUUAGGCUAAUAAGAAUAGUUUUGAAGGUAACGAUCACAGGGGAUGGAGUUUGGAGGAUCCGAAGAAGAGAACGGUCUUCUGUUAUUGAAGUCUUCAAACAAGAGGAGACAGGUCAUGGAGACAUCCUGCACGAUGACUUUAUCAGUUGGAGAAGCAAUUUAAGGAUAAAGGAGGAAGUUGUGGAGAAAGAAGAGGUUCAAGAAAAUUAA